UUCAAUCUCUGGUCACCAUGAGUAAUUCCUCCAUUCUUUCAACAUCUCAAACAUGCUUUGGAACUCAACGAAUCUGCAUUAGACAAUCUACAUCACCCGAUGGAGCUGCUCUAAAUAGACCCUCCAUCCAGAAUGCGGCUGAGUCCUCUCAUGCGAUUGGCCCUGAGUCCGGCUUUAUCGGCCACGAAGCGAGCCAACCGCGGUCGGACGGACGAGGUAUUAGUGAAAUGCACCUCCGUGGUCUCCGGAUACGUCGUGGAUCGUAUCCGGCCCAAAAUUGAGCCCCAACUCGAGUUCAUGAGCUGGGAUCCCCUGGUUCAGCAGAACGUACUCUAUCGGGAAUCUGGCAAGGUCAUGACGGUGCGAAAUCCCAAGCACAAGAACGAAUUGAUUCAGAACUAUCCGUGCUACUACAACUACCCUGUAGCCCGUGAAACCAUUCACACACCGUUGUUUUAUCCCAAUGAGGUGCAGAGGAAACGAUGGACCAAGACCUACGAGUUGGAACAGCAUUGGUAG